AUGUCCGAGGCGUCGCGGCUGCAUUUGCGGCCGAGCCAGAGCGGUCUGCAAAAUGACCUGAUCAAGCCACUCCUCACCGACUACUACCAGAUAACCAUGGCUUACGCAUAUUGGCAAAGCGGGCGCAAGGAUUGCAACGCAGUCUUUGACCUUUUCUUUCGCAAGUGUCCCUUUCAUGGUGAAUUUACCAUCUUUGCCGGUUUGCAAGACUGCAUCAACUUUGUGGACAAGUUUGCCUUUAGCGAAGAAGACAUUGACUACUUGCGUGAAGUCAUGGGUCCCAGCGUGGAUCCAGCCUUUUUUGACUACCUGCUCAGCGUGACGGCCAACGAUGUUGUCAUCCACGCCAUCCCCGAGGGCACCGUUGUCUUUCCUCGCGUACCGCUGAUGCGCGUGGAGGGACCCCUUCCCAUCGUGCAGCUGCUCGAAACCACUUUUCUCAACCUCAUCAACUAUGCAUCUCUUGUGGCGACCAAUGCCGCCCGCUUCCGCCUUGCCGCUGGUCCAAAGGCUCGUCUUUUGGAGUUUGGCCUUCGCCGCGCUCAGGGCCCUGAUGGAGGCCUCUCUGCCAGUCGCUACUGCUACAUUGGCGGUUUCAACGCAACCAGCAACGUCCUGGCUGGCAAACUGUUUGGGGUUCCCAUCUCUGGCACGCAUGCCCACGCGUUUGUUUCCGCCUACGAGACCAUGGACCAGCUCGCCAACCGAGCCGUCAAGUACAAGGACAGCGAUGAAGUUUGCCCUGAUUUUGUCGCUUUGGCGCAAGAGAAGCGCGCGUUGUUGGCCAGCAAAUGGCGCGAGUCGCCCAUGCAGUGCGAUUUCAAUCCCAACGACCGAGAGCUGAUAGCCUUUUGCGCAUAUGCCAUCGCCUUUCCCCAUGCCUUUUUGGCCCUGAUCGACACAUACGAUGCCCUACGCAGCGGUUGCCCCAAUUUCUUGGUGGUCGCUCUGACUUUGCGCGAGCUCGGCUACGCGGCCAUUGGCGUGCGUCUCGACUCGGGGGAUCUGGCCUACCAAAGCAACGUUUGUCGCAGCGUCUUUAAAUGGCUGGCUGAGGAACUGGACGUUCCCAGCUUGGCCGAGUUCACCAUUGUGGCCUCGAACGACAUCAAUGAAGAUACUCUCUACUCUCUCGAGGGACAGGGCCACUCCAUCGAUGCUUUUGGCGUGGGCACUCAUUUGGUGACCUGUCAAGCCCAGCCUGCCCUCGGCUGCGUGUACAAGCUGGUCGAGGUGGACAACCGUCCUUGCAUCAAGGUGCAAUCGGCAUGGCGACUGACCGUUCAUCCUGUUUAUCAACAGCUGAGCGCAGAGGUGCAAAAGGUGACCAUGCCUGGUGACAAGUACUGCUACCGUCUGUAUGGUCGUGACGGUGCCCCGAUUUGCGAUUUGUUGACGCGCCGAGAGGACGAGACGCCAAAGGUGGGCGAGCAAAUCCUGUGUCGCCAUCCAUUUCAGGAGCAGAAACGCGCGGUUGUGCGGCCAAACCGCGUGGAGCAGCUGUACAAAGUCUAUUGGAACAAGGGCGAAGUGACGGCCGAGCUGCCCGACAUUCACGACAUCAAGAAGCGCGUGGAUGAUCAGAUGCGGCUGUUGCGUAUGGAUCAUAAGCGCAUGCUCAACCCAACCCCGUACAAGGUCUCUGUUACGGACAAGCUGUAUACUUUUAUUCACCAGCUGUGGCUUGACUGCGCGCCCGUCGGCGAGCUUUCAUAG